CUAGAAUAUCGCAAAGAUGGGAGAAGGAGCGAACACUUGGUAGACACUGGUCAACUGGGUGUUGGAAAUCCUUGUAAGUCCUGUCACAUAUGUCACAGAGUCUGGAACUUAUUGUGUCACGCGUCUGACGCGUUCACCUCUCUUCUCAUUACCACAGUCAUGGAGUCUUCAUAUCGUAUUGUACCCUCAGGCGCCAACAAAUCCGCCUCCGUACAAGCUACAGCAGGCACUCUAGGCCUCCAUGACACUCUACAGUACGGUCCCCGUACUAUUGCAACCGAAAUCAAGACGGAAGGGGAGCUGAGAGGAAGACUUGAAUCGUGGGAAGAGACGCAAGACAACCUGAAGCUUACAAUACAGCGAAACGUAUACGGCUUGCAUGCACCCAUGCGACUUCUCAUGGAGCGCAAGAUCGUAGCUGAUUCUCCCCAUAUGCCUGCCCUACCCCAGUCGAACCUACACUUGGACAUUCUCAUGGGUCGGGACGAGACCAUAGCACCCGCAGACGUGUUUGGUGGCGUGGAGACCGCGUCAUCGCUGGAUAUUCAUAGAGAUAUGGAGAAAAAACGACAGAUGUAAAUCAUGUAUAUCCUCAAUGACCUGCACAUUCUUGUAAAUCUUCGGAUGGAUUAUCAGCUGGCAAACGUCAAAAUACGUGCGGGGAAUUUGGCCAAGUGUUUCGACCGAGAAGACGGUAGUAAUUGUGAAACGAUCGACGACGCCAAGUGAGCGUACAUACUUCGUAUCGUCAAUGGUGUUUAUCACCAAUCGAUUUGAUUCCUUGCAAACAACUACAAAAGUUUUUAAGUUAUGCCUUCUUAUGAGGCCAUGUUCCGUGCAGUCCUCCGCC